AUGGGAGUUCAAAAGAUUGUUCCUGUGGAUGUGUUGGAUAAACAAGACGCAUGGGUCCUUUUCAGGGAAAUGGCAGGCGGUGAAGCUGUGGAUUCCAGUGAUUUGAAUCACAUUGCAAGAGAGGUAGCAGCUGAAUGCGGUGGUGUGCCACUUGUAAUUGUGACCAUCGCUACAGGGUUGCAAAAUAAAAACCAGCGCGUGUGGGCUGCUCGGGCUCGACAGCUGAAGAACUCAAACUUACAACAUGGAAUAUUGGAAAAGAAAGUGAUUGCCAAACUUGAGUUGAGUUUCAAUUAUCUCGAAAGGGAGGAGUCCAAAUUAUUGUUCUUACUCUGUAGCUUAUUUCCAGAAGAUCAUAACAUUUCGGUGGAAGACCUGAUGAGAUACGCCUUGGGGCUGAAGAUGUUUGGAGAUGUCAACACCAUUGAAGAGGCAAGAGAGAGAACCUAUGAUGUGGUAAGUACCCUUACUGAUUCUUUUAUGUUAUUGGAUGGUUCCGAGGAAGGGUCCGUUAAAAUGCAUGACGUUCUUCGCGAUGUUGCAAUAUCCAAUCUGAAUGAGAGGUACGGGUUCAAGGUUAUGGCUGGACUGAAAAAUUGGCCAGAUACACAAACAUUUGAAAAUUAUUCAGCCAUCUCAUUGAUAUCAAAUGAUAUGAAUGAGCUUCCUCGUGAGCUAUCAGCCCCAAAACUCCAGACCUUGCGAAUACAAUGCAAUUCUCACUUGCAAAUUCCAGAUGAUUUCUUCAAAGGAUCCAAAGAUCAAUUGAUUUUUUUAGAAAUGAGCGGUAUCCAUUUCUUGCCAAUACUUCCACCAUCACUUCAACCGCUUUCUAAUACCCUUCGAACCCUUCAUCUAACUUCUUGCAAGUUAGAGGACAUAUCUAUGAUAGCAACACUAAAGAAUCUUGAGAUUCUCAGCUUUAGUGGUUCUGAAAUUGGUGGAAUUCCUUGCAAUAUUGUCGAAUUGAGUCGUCUGAAACUCCUUGAUUUGACAAAGUGUAAAAAUCUAAUCAGUAUAGCAGCAGACAUCAGCAAACUUCCUAAUUUAGAGGAGCUAUAUUUGCAAAGAAAAUUUUAA